AUGUCCAAAGUCAUCCUCUCGAUCAACGCAGGUUCAUCCUCAGUCAAAGUCUCUGUCUUCAGAGGAAGCUCCAAAGAUGCCGAGCCCUCUCAGCUCGCCGAAGCAUCAGUCGCAGGUCUAACUGCACCUCCCUCAACACUUACAUACAAACGUGGAGAUGAGAAGAUCAAAGACCAGGAGAUCAAAGAUGUCAACACGCAGGAAGACGCUUUCAAGUAUAUCCUCGAGCACCUUAUGAAUGAUGACGGUCUGCCAGAGCUUAAGAACAAGGAGGACAUUGAGUUUGCAUGCCACAGAGUGGUGCACGGAGGAGACUUUGAUAAGCCUACGAGGAUUGACAGGGAAACCUAUCAUCACAUCGAGGAGCUGUCUGAUCUUGCACCUCUCCACAACGCAGGUGCCCUGACCAUUGUCAAAGCUGUUCACGAGCAACUGCCCAAAGCAACGAACAUUGCCUUUUUCGAUUCGGCAUUCCAUUCUACGAUCCCAGAGCACAUUCGAACAUAUCCCAUCGACCAAGAGCGGGCAAAGCACAACAAGCUCCGCAAAUACGGUUUCCACGGCCUCUCAUACGCAUUCAUCACCAGAUCAGUAGCAGAAUCCCUCAACAAACCCAUCGACUCCCUGAAUAUCAUCGCUCUUCACCUCGGCAGUGGUGCCUCUGCAUGUUCCAUCGUCAACGGAAAGUCCUUCGACACCACCAUGGGCUUGACACCCUUGGCCGGUCUCCCCGGAGCAACUAGAUCAGGCUCCGUGGACCCCAGUCUGAUUUUCCACUUCACGCAUACUGCUGGUAAGCCCAGCCGCAGCAGCACAAAGGACUUGCACAUCACCGAAGCCGAGGAAAUUCUCAACAAGAAGAGCGGAUGGAAUGCCAUCGCCGGCACCACAGACUUUGGCGUCAUCACCUCAAAAGCAGAAAAAGGAGACAAGAAUUGUCAACUCGCCUUUGAUCUUUUCGUCGACAAGAUUCUGAACUUUGUGGGUGGCUACUAUGUCAAGAUGGGAGGUAAACUGGACGCUUUGGUGUUUGCGGGUGGUAUUGGAGAAAAGGGAAGUCAGUUGCGUGCCCGUGUGGUCGAGCACUUGAAUUGCUUGGGCAUUGAGCUUGACGAGGAGAAGAACAAGAAGCCCGCGGACAAGGAAGUGGUGGAUAUCUCGAAGUCUGGAUCCAAACACAAAGUGCUCAUCUGCCAGACAGAUGAGCAGACGGAGAUGGCAAGGCAGUGUUGCCAGAAUGCGGACGACUUCCGCAAGCAAGCCUAA